CAAUUAAUUUUACCUUGUUCAGUAGCAUUUCAUUGUGUAUGAUUUGCUAUCUAUUUCAGUAUCUUAUUUAUAUGUAUGGGAUAAGCCUUAUGCUCAUCCUUUGGUUCUAUUAUUUACUUCAAUCCAGAAAACCUAUUAGUGCUUCAGUAAUGGCUAGCUCCUCCUCCUCUGCUCUUCCUCCGUCGUCCUCAGAUGCGAUUAAGCCUGAGUGCUUUGAUGGAACCGGCUUUAAGUGCUGGCAGGCCCGGACGAGGCUGUGGUUGAUGGAGCUCGGUUUAUUCUGGGUCCUCACCGAAGAGCCGCCCGCCCCUCAGGGGGAAGCCGUGCUAGACGAGGUCGAAAGAACGCGUCUUGACGCGUUAAGGGCUCGUUGGGAGAAGGCAAAUGCAUCUGCCCUGGCACGUCUCUUGGCCGUUCUGUCAAACAGGCUAUUCAACGUCUACGUGAGCUUCGGGGAAGCGCGAAAGGUGUGGACGGAGCUGAAUGACAAGUAUGCAGAGAGCGACAACGGCAAUGAGUCCUUUAUGGUGGCAAGCUAUCUGAAUUUUUGCAUGGGAGAUGGCCGAUCAGUCAUGGAACAAAUCCACGAGCUUCAACUGAUCGUGCGGGACUUAGGCCAGUAUGGCUGUGUCCUCCCGGAGAACUUUCAGAUUAAUGCUAUUUUGGCCAAGCUGCCAACUUCUUGGCGUGACUUUGUCACUGCACGUCGGCAUUUAAAGCAGCGAUUGACUCUUAAUGAGCUCAUUGCUGCGAUAAAUAUCGAGGAGAAGUCCAAGGCAGGCUAUGGUGGGGGGAAGGUGCCCGCUCAAGCAAACCUUGUCGAGCACAAGAACCAUUCUGGCAAGAAUGCGAAGAAAGAGAAGACCAAGCUUGGCUUUUCGGGACCGAAGGCUAAUGCAAUGAAGAAGAAGAAAAAACCCGAGAUUGUCUGUUACAUUUGCGGCGAGUCGGAUCACAAAGCCAACAGAUGCUGCAAUCGUAAGGGCAAAGGGCCAACACCUGAGCAGCAGAAGGCAACCAAAGCCCAAGUGCAUGUGGCGGUUGCAACGGUCAAUGAUACCGGCAAAGGCGACUCCACUAGUGGGGCGCAGAUGGUGGAUCCGUACUGAUGGGGAACGGGGUCUCGGCAACAGUGCGCGGAGUAGGACAAGUGAGCCUGAAGUUGACUUCUGGCAAAACUCUUGCCCUAAAGGACAUACUGUUUGUGCCUGCCAUGACCCACAAUUUACUCAGCGGAUCGAUGCUGUGCCGGCAAGGAAUAAAAUUAGUCUUCGAGUCAAAUAAAGUUGUAAUGACCAGGUGUGGGUUGUUUGUAGGGAAAUGCUAUGAUUGCGGAGGCAUGUUCCGCAUUUCUAUUCUUGAUAGCUCUGCAAACAUUUUCUAUUCUUCAUAUUCUAAUAAGAACAUUGAUAUUUGGCAUUCUC